AUGAGGUCCCAAUCUUCGGGCUACCAAGGUUACCCUUACAUCAACCCACCGGUGGUGGAGGCACCUUCGGUAGACCCAGCAUCGGCAGCAGCUAACGCCGCGCGGUGGUCGAGUAUGCCACGGCGACAAGUCACACGCUCAGAUAAGGAAAGGGUGGUGUUUAUAAACAUCCCCCAAGAUUUGGAUCGACCGAGUCGGAUUAAUGAGGCACAAAAUCCUACAACGUCAAAUGCAGCUUCAUCUGCUAAUGAUAUUACCACGGAACAUCAGUUACCGGAUAGAGCUGGUGGAAGCAACUUGCACCAGAUAGAUGACAGCGAAAGAGACAGCCAGGAUCCCGUGAAAGACAAUCCCGACGACGAUCCAGUGGUGUACAUAGAUUUACCGAGCGAUCCGUGCGGGGGCAACGCAGCUCAUGCGAGAGAGGAAAUCGAAGCCCCAGAACCGGGGUUCCUUCAGGACACGAUCUUUUACGACCCGUUCGACGAUAGACGAAUUGAUAUGCCAAAGGAAAACCCCGGUCUGCAUUCCAUUGGCUCCGAGACGGACAGCGCUUCGGGACAGAGCAGUUUCGUACGAAGACCGGCUCCGGAAAGACCCACCACUUUGGAGAUUAACAGGAUUUUAAGGCCCGCACCUACGCCCAACUCUCCUGUCAGCGCCGGCAUAUCAAUCAACUCGACGCCGUCGUCGAGAUUCCCUGACGGCUACCACCUCAACAGGGCAACCCCGGAAACCAGUCUGCCGUCACCGCUGCCGGUGACCGCGUUUCCUGAACCGCCACCAGCUUACACCGAGAUCGACGCGACCCCUUCGCCGCUAAGUACUCCGCCGCACCCUCAAGAUUCAACUCCGCCGAGGACACAAGUCAUAACAGCUACACCCAUUUCCGGGGAUAUAGCAAACUCGUCUAGAAAGUACUUGGAUUGCCACCACUGCGGCAUGAGAGUACACACGCUGGUCGUGAGAGAAAUAGGGCUCUUGAAUCACGUCAUAGCGCUGAUCUGCUUUGUCCUCUGCUUGCUGCCUCUCAUCUGCCUGGUCUACUUAUUGGACUGCUUCAAGAACCAUAACCACUACUGCCCUAACUGCAACAAGGUCAUCGGUUACCAACUGCCCUUCAACUACAAGAAAAUCUUCUACGUUAGCUGA